AUGUCAUCUCGCUUCUAUGACAUAGAACCUGUGAACAAACAACCAGCUAUUGAUGAGUAUCUCAUUUGUAAACUUGUUUCUCUCGAAGAGGCCGUUGCUCCUGUGAGUCACAUCGUCAUGGAUAUUAUUAAAUAUGCUGCGUCAGCGAAACUUGCUUGUAAGGCACCCUCAGAAAACCUUACCUGUGAUGAAUCUGCUGCUAUCUAUUUGUAUACGAUGGAAACACAGUGUUAUAGCAAAAUGAACAAAGCAUUGCGACUGAAUCUGAUGGAAGAGGUCAAACCGUGGUUUCUCUAUUUAAAACUUUUCCAUACAGCCUUGAACAAACUACCAUGUCAAAAAUCGCUGGUUUGGCGUGGUAUUACGGGUGACGUUAGUCUUAAUUAUUCAAAAAAUACAAAAUUCAUAUGGACAGGAGUGUCAUCGGCUUCAACAGACAUUAGUGUGCUUCAUUGUUUCCUUCCGAACAAUACACAUUGCACUCUUUUCUCUAUUAAUUCCAGAUAUGGGAAAUCGGUGGUAAAGCACAGUGCCAUGCCUAACGAAUGUGAAAUCAUUCUCAUACCUGGUACGAGACUUAGAGUGAAAGGCAUUUUAGACAAACCAUCUUUAACCAUAAUUCAGCUUGAAGAAGAAAGAAAUCCGAAAUUUAAAGGUAAUCUUGCAGUACUUCCGGGAAUAAAACCAGUGGCUCAUACGGAGCCUUCAUCUUCGAUCAAAGAUAAAGUGCCACCUGACUCCCUAAAAAAAAAUGCUAUACUACCAGCAAUCAAGAUGGAAUCAGAAAAACAAACUACAAUUGAUAACUCUGAAGCUGAGAAAACUUUGACCUGCCCACACUGUCAAAAGAAAAACACUUAUAUCAGCUACAAGCAAGGAGGGACAUGUACUUGCUCGUGUGAAGCUAGCUACAAACAAGUGACAUGUCCUCAUUGCCACAAACCAAAUUACUGGGAAAAUCCUAAUGAUUACGUCGCUAGCAAUCGUAUUCAUUGCGCCAACUGUAGCAAAGAUUUUCAACAGUUAACAUGCCCUCAUUGCAGCCAAUGCAACUAUUUUAUGAAUGCGAACUAUAUUGAAGGAAAUGUCGUUGAUUGUUGUGCAUGCAAGAAAUCAUUUCAAGUUAUGAUUUGCACACUAUGUUCUUCAUCUAAUAUUUGGAAAAAUGCCGACCAUAUUGAAGGGGAUAAAGUAACAUGCUCGAACUGUAAGAAAUUAUUUCAAAAAGUGAGCUGCACACAUUGUAAUAAGCUCAAUAAUUUUCCAACACUUGGCUAUCAUGAGGGUUUAUGUCUUACUUGCGCUUAUUGCAGUAAGAAGUUUCAGCGUAUUACAUGCCCACAUUGUGGGAAAGAAGGUUUUUGGAAAAAUGCUGAUUAUCUUCAAGGAACUCGAACAUCUUGUUGGUCAUGCAAAAAUAUCUUUCAAUGCGUCAAUUGUUUCCAUUGUAAUACAGCUAACAAAUGGUUAGAAUCAAAAUAUGAACAAGGAUCUGUAAUAGCAUGUCGAUCAUGCUCCAAAUCGUUCCAACAAAUGAAUUGUCCACAUUGUAAAACCACUAACUGGUGGAAAAAUGCCAACCAUACACAGGGUGAAGUAAUACAAUGCCAUUCAUGCAAAGAAAAAUUUCAACAUAUUGCGUGCCCCAACUGCUCUGCAGCAAACAUUUGGAAGGAGGCCAACUAUCAUCACGGGCAGCGGCGAGUAUGUUUUCACUGUACGAAACCCUUUCAAAUGAUGCAAUGCCCUCAUUGUCAAACAAUUGAAUUUUUUACUACGGGUUCUUAUCGCCAAGGAAACCCAACCACUUGUAUCACGUGCAAGAAAGCCUACCAAUUACUCAAUUGUCCAUACUGUAAGAGUGCGCUAUAUGUUAGCUCACCUGGCGGCUAUCAUGCGAAUGUGCUCGUAGACUGUUGUUCGUGCAACAAGUCCUUCUAUCACCUCAACUGUUCAAAAUGCGGUGACGCAGAAUACUUUACGGCGCCCUAUCAAUAUGGAACUUUAAAUAAAUGUUCGUCGUGUGAUGUUACAUCACAAUAUAUUAAAUGUAUUCAUUGCAAUAAUAUUGAUUUUUGGCAUUGUAUAACACAAAAAAAUGGCUGUAGCGGCCGUGCUUCUUUUGAUGGUGCAAUAUAUAUCAAAGUCAACGAUUAUAUUCAUGCACCUAAUCCUGAAGAAAUAAUAGCAACAGAAUAUAAAUCAAAAAUUGUGAAUAGCGCAAUAACAUUGCACGAUCCACCUCGACGUAUUAUUCAUGAAGUUUUACUAGGUAUUAGCAAAGAUGAUGGAACAGCUGUUCCAAACUAUUCAUCAUGGCAACGUACUAUUCAAUGA